CAGUUUGCAUUUCACAACUAGAAUAUCAUAUAGAUUUGCAGAACAAUGUGAUAAUGAAAUAAUAACUGCAGCUCUAAUAGUAGCAAAAAGAGUUGCAACAGUAACAACUACUCAUCAAUAA